GCAAGUCCGCUUGCUGAAGUAAGUAUGACAUCUAAAGAAAUUGUAUCGCCUAAAGAAGUUGUGUCACAUAGAGAAAUACCACUAAAAGAAACUGAGUCACACAAUGAUAUUAUGUUGCCUAAAGAGCCAGAAUUCCAUGCAUCUCAAGUAAUCGUAGUGCAUAAGGAGACUGUGUUCGCAGAAGAAAUAGUAUCACCUAUGAAAGCCGAGUCACGAAAAGAAAUAGUUUUGUCUAAGGAAGCCGUGUCACUUAAAGAAAUACUUUCAUCUAAAGAAAUAGUAUCGCUUACAGAAACUGCAUCACCUAGAGACGUAGUGUUACCUAAAGAAAUAGUAUCGCCUAAGGAUGGCGAAUCACCUAAGAAAAUAGUUUUAACUAAGGAAGCCGUGUCACCUAAAAAAACUGUAUCACCUAAGGAGGUCGUGUCACCUAAAGAAAUGAUUUCACUUAAAAAUAUUGUAUCAUCUAAAGUAAUAGUUCCACCGGAAGAAGCCGUGUCUCCUAAAAAACUAGUUUCACCUAAAGAAACUGCAUCACUUGUAAAGACUGACUCGCUUAAAGAAGUUAUUUCACCUAUAGAAGUUGUAUCGCCUAAAAAUACUGAAUCCCUUAAAAAAGUCGUGUCACCUAAAGAGGUUCAAUCUCUUAAAGGAUUAACAUCACCUAAAGAACUUGUAUCGCCUACAGAGGGCGUAUCGCCUAAAGAAGCCAUAUCACUUAAAGAUACUAUAUUACCUGAGGCGGAUGUAUCACAUAAAGAAGUUAAGUCACCUAAAGAAGCUGUAUUACCUAAAGAGGCAGUAUCGCCUAAAGAGGAUGUAUCACCUAAAUACGGUAAAUCUCUGAAAGAAACCACGUCAUCUAAAGAAAUUGUGUCACCUAGAGAUGCUGAAUUUCUUAAAGAAAUCACGUUACCUAAAGAAUCUGUGUCUCCUAAAGAAGUCAUAUCACCUAAAGAAAUCGUAUCACCUAAAAAGGCUGUAUCAACUAAAGAGGUUGAAUCUCCUAAAGAAGUUGUAUCAACGAAAGACGUUAUGCCACCAAAAGUUAUGGCAGCGCCUCAAGAGGCCGUAUCACCUAAAGGGGCCGAAUCAAUUGAAGAGGCUGUAAUGCCUAAAGAAGUUGUAUUAUCGAUAGAGGCUGUAUCACCUAAAGAGACAAUAUCACCUAAAAAACCUGAAUCUUCUAAAGAAGUUGUAUCGCCUAAAGGGGCUGAGUCACCUAAAGAGGCCGUAUCACCAAAAGAAAUUAUAUCACCUAAAGGGGGUGAAUCUUCUAAAGAAAUUGGAUCAUCUAUUGUGGGCGUAUCACCUGAACUGACUACGUCACCUAAUAAACAAUUAUCACCUAAAGAGGUCGUGUCACCCAAAGAAGUUGUAUCACCUAAAGAGGCUGAAUUGCCUGAAGAGGCUGUAUCGCCUAAAGAAGUUGGAUCAUCAAUAUAUGCUGUAUCACCUGAAGAGACAAUAUCACCUAAAAAACCUGAACCUCCUAAAGAAGUUGUAUCACUUAAAGAGGCUGAAUCGCCUCAAGAGGCCAUAUCACCUAAAGAGGCUGAAUCGCCUAACGAGGCUACAUCGCCUAAAGGAGUUGUAUCACCAAUAGAUACUGUAUCACCUGAAGAGACAAUAUCACCUAAAGAAGCUGAAUCUGCUAAAGAACUUGUAUCGCCUAAAGAGGCUGAGUCAGCUAAAGAGGCCGUAUCACCUAAAGAAGUUAUAUUACCGAAAGAGGCUAUAUCACCAAAAGAUAUUGUAUCGCCUAAAGAGGCCAUACCACUAAAAGAAAUUGUAUCACCUAAAGAGGAUGAAUCACCUAAAGAGGAUGAAUCACCUAAAGAGGAUGAAUCUUCUAAAGAAAUUGGAUUACCUGUAGUGGGUUCAUCACCUGAACGGACUACGUCACCUAAUAAACAUUUAUCUCCUAAAGAGGUUGUGUCACCUAAAGAAGUUGUAUCAUCCAAAGAGGCUGAAUUGCCUAAAGAGGCCUUAUCACCUAAAGAAGUUAUAUCAUCGAAAGAGGUUAUAUCACCAAAAGAUAUCGCAUCGCCUAAAGAAGCCGUAUCACCUACACUAAUUGUAUCACCUAAAAAAGCUUUAUCACGUAAAGAUGGUGAAUCUUUUAAAGAAAUUGGAUCACCUAUAGUUGGUGCAUCACCUGAACAGACUACGUCACUUAAUGAACAAUUAUCUCCGAAAGAGGUUGUGUCACCCAAAGAAGUAUCUCCUAAAGAGGCUGAAUCGCGUAAAGAGGAUGUAUCACCUCAAGAAAUUAUAUCACCGAAAGAGGUUACAUCACCAGAAGAUACCGCAUCGCCUAAACAGGCCGUAUCACCUCAAGAAAUUGUAUCGCCUAUAGAGGGUGCUUCACCUGUAAAGACUUCGUCACCCAAAGAAAAAAUAUCUCCUAAAGAGGUUGUGUCACCAAAAGAAGUUGUAUCGCCUAAAGAGACCGUAUCACCUAAAGAAGUUAUAUCACCGAAAGAAAUUGUAUCGUCUAAAGAGGCUGAAUCACCUAAACAGGCCGUACCACCUCAAGAAGUUGUAUCACCUAAAGAGGCUAUGUCACCAAAACAUAUUGCAUCGCCUAAAGAGACCGUGUCACCUAAAGAAGUUAUAUCACCGAAAGAAAUUGUAUCGUCUAAAGAGGCUGAAUCACCUAAACAGGCCGUACCACCUCAAGAAGUUGUAUCACCUAAAGAGGCUAUGUCACCAAAACAUAUUGCAUCGCCUAAAGAGACCGUGUCACCUAAAGAAGUUGUAUCAUCGAAAGAGGUUGAAUCGCCUAAAAAAGCUGUAUCACUUGGAGAAGUCGUAUCGCCUCAAGAAGCUGAAUCACUUAAAGAGUCUAAAUCUACUAAACAUGAAUCACCUGAAGAAGUCUUGCCGGCUAAAGAGGCCUCUCUUAAACAUGUCUCAUUACCUAAGAAAGACUCAUCAUCUAAAGAAAUUGUAUAUCUUAAAGACCGUGGUCCAUUGGAACAAUCGACUGUAGAAAUAAGUACAGUAGAUAAGAAACCUCAUACAUCUACAUCAUCAUCCACAAGUGUUUCAAUGGAGGUAAGUAUGCCCCGCUUACUUCGAAGUUUAAGUAGAAAAUCUACUUUUGAUUUAAAAACAGAAGUAGGUUACGAGGACUUGGAUGAAUCUGGCACACAACUUAAGGACAAAGAAACUACACCACCAAAAGAAGGUUCUAUUCUCACCCAUCCCCACGUGGAACAAGAAUUGAAACCAAAGAAAUCUUUCAAGCUUUCUGAUAUUGCAGUGUUUGCAAAAGAACCACUGGAAAAAGAAACUACAGCCACUCAAGAAGAAAAUUCUCCUUGGCCGCUUAAUAGCAGAAGAAAAUCUUCUGAACCAAACGUGUUCCCGUAUAAGAAAACAUCUAUUACGGAUCAAUCAGAAGAUGAGGAGCCGCCUAAGCCUAGUCAUGAAAGACGUAAGUCAACGGUUCUUGGCGUCGAUAAGGCAGCCGUCGAAGAGGAGUUAUCUCAUAUAAAGUAUUCUCAAGAUGAGGCCAUUGUUCCUUUCGAAACUGAAGAAUGGGAAUUAGAUAAAAGACCAAAAUCUUCUGAAGUAGAAAUAGAACUGAAUAAAAUCACAUAUUCACAAGAAGAUAAGAAAAAAGUCGAACAAUUACCAUCUGAAGCUGCCUCAGUGAUAGAGCGGUCUCUUUUACCUCCACCAGAUGAAAGACUCUCCACAGGAAGUGCAACCACUUAUAAAAGCUAUGAAACUCCACUGUUGAAACAAGAAAGUAAACUUUAUUCAUCGAGUGAGUCGAUGCAGGAAAUAGAUGAAAAAGUGGCUUCGAAAUCGAUAGGUAAAAAAAUGAAAGAUCUUAUGCAAGGCUCAAAGCCAAAAGUCUUACAAUCAAAGGAUACUUUGCAAAUGGAGGACGAGAGACAGAAUUUAAAAUUGCUUCUCAAAGAAAUGCAGCAAAAAGAACUUACUGGAGACGAACUGCCCGAUAGUACAGGUUUAGCUAUUCAUGAUGAACCACAGAAACCAACUUUACCUAAUAUACCUAGUACUUACGAUCCAAAAGAUCAUAAAGCUUUUCUUACAUUUAACGAAGAUGUAGAAACAUUUGAAGUGCCUAAAGGUGACAAAUAUUCCAUAAGUAGCAAUGCUGAUGCAGAAAAGAAGAAACAAUUUCAUGCACAAUCAAUAAUGUCAUAUGUCGACGAUAUUAAAAAAAAAGCCAAAGCAUCUCCUGAAACUAUCGUUGAGCCAGAAACAGAGCCCAUAAAAAAAACAUUGACUAUGAGAGAAUUAUUAGAAAAGGAACGUGCUGACUUGUCACCGGUUGAUAGUGUAUCUCACACCAGCUACGGCGUGGAAGACUUCAUCAUGAAAGAGAAGUCGUCCAAAAUUGCAAAGGAAGUUCCCGUAAGACAAGUUUCUGCAAAGGAUAUUCCUGUAAAACAAGUUCCUGCAAAAGUUUCUGGAAAGGAAGGGCCUAGUAAAGGAAAAGACAUGUCUAAAAUAAUUGAAUCUGAUUCAAGUGUAGAAGUGUAUCUUGAAACGGAACCAGAUGAAAAGAAGCCUAAAAUACCACGCGGACAUGUUCGAUUGAAUGUUGAGGAAGGCGAAAAUGAGCAAGAGAAGAUGAAUAAAGAUGAAAAGGAGAGUGGCGCUGACGCUAAAAGUCCACCGAAAUAGUUCGCUCUUCACAUCA